AGAUUCUCGAACUUUUGGGUCCAAUUUCAAUGAAUCAUGGUGUUCACUUCAUGGCUGCUAUUGCGUUUGUAUGGAAUGAAAGGAGGCAAAAUAAAAAUACUUCUAGGACAAAGGUUAUUCCUACAGCAGGUGAAGAACAACUGCUACUGGUCGAGCUAGUUCGCUCUAUCAGUGUUAUGAGAACGGAGACUGUUAUACAAACAGUGAAGGAAGUUUUAAAGCAGCCUCCAGCCAUAGCCAAGGACAAGAAACAUCUUUCACUGGAAGUCUGCAUGUUGCAGUUUUUCUAUGCUUAUACUCAAAGGAUUCCAGUGACCAGCUUAGUAGAUAGCUGGGCAGCACUGUUGCUUCUGUUAAAAGAUUCCAUCCAGGUUGGUCUUCCAGCUCCGGGACAAUUCCUCAUACUUGGUGUUCUUAAUGAGUUCAUUAUGAAAAACCCAAGCCUGGAGAAUAAGAAAGAUCAAAGAGAUCUCCAGGAUGUAACGCACAAGAUAGUGGAUGCCAUUGGGGCAAUUGCUGGUUCUUCCUUGGAACAGACUACUUGGCUAAGACGAAACCUAGAGGUUAAGCCUUCCCCCAAGAUUGUGGUGGAUGGAAGCAAUUUAGAAUCAGAUGUUGAAGAUAUGUUGUCUCCAGCAAUGGAAACUUCAAACAUAACUCCAUCUGUUUAUAGUGUCCAUGCAUUGACCUUACUCUCUGAGGUUUUGGCUCAUCUCUUGGAUAUGGUUUUCUACAGUGAUGAAAAAGAGAGGGUUAUUCCUUUGCUUGUAAAUAUUAUGCACUAUGUUGUUCCCUACCUCCGUAAUCACAGUGCUCACAAUGCAUCCAGCUAUCGAGCCUGUGUCCAGUUAUUAAGCAGUCUUAGUGGGUAUCAGUAUACAAGGAGAGCAUGGAAAAAGGAAGCAUUUGACCUCUUUAUGGAUUCCAGUUUCUUCCAGAUGGAUGCUUCAUGUGUUAACCAUUGGAGAGCUAUCAUGGAUAAUUUGAUGACACAUGACAAAACUACAUUCCGAGAUUUGAUGACACGAGUGGCUGUGGCUCAGAGCAGUUCACUCAACCUGUUUGCUAAUCGGGAUGCAGAGCUGGAACAGCGUGCUAUGCUCCUGAAGAGACUGGCUUUCGCAAUUUUUAGUAGUGAGAUAGACCAAUACCAGAAAUACCUUCCAGACAUACAAGAAAGGCUGGUAGAAAGUCUCCGUUUGCCACAGGUGCCCACCCUUCAUUCCCAAGUGUUCCUGUUUUUCAGAGUAUUGCUUUUAAGAAUGUCUCCACAGCACCUUACCUCACUUUGGCCGACCAUGAUCACUGAACUGGUACAAGUAUUCUUACUGAUGGAACAGGAGCUCACUGCUGAUGAAGACAUUUCCAGAACUUCUGGCCCAUCUGUUGCUGGUCUGGAGACGACGUACACAGGUGGCAAUGGUUUCUCCACAUCCUACAAUAGCCAGAGAUGGUUGAACCUGUACUUGUCUGCUUGCAAAUUUCUGGACUUGGCCCUAGCUUUACCAUCUGAAAACCUGCCUCAGUUUCAGAUGUAUCGUUGGGCUUUUAUUCCAGAAGCAUCAGAUGAUUCGGGUUUGGAAGUACGCAGACAGGGUACACAUCAGAGGGAGUUCAAACCAUAUGUGGUACGCCUAGCAAAACUGCUGCGAAAAAAAGCAAAGGACAAACAGGAGGACUUUAAGACGGUGGUUUUGGAGGGAAUGGAGAUGGCCAAGCAUCAGAAAAACCCAGAGGAGGACAGCUCAGGGAAAAUGCUAAGCUGGGAGCCAGGUCACUUGCUUUUAACCAUCUACACCGUUCGCAGCAUUGAGCAACUUUUGCCUUUUUUCAAUGUACUCAGCCAAGUUUUUAACAGCAAAGUCACAAGCAGAUGCGUUGGACACUCAGGGAGCCCUGUCCUUUACCCCAACUGUUUUCCAAGUAAGGACAUAAAAAUGGAGAACCUCAAGACCUUCUCCAGCAAAGCAAGACAAAAGAUAGAAGAAAUGGUCGAGAAGGAUUUUCUUGAAGGUGUCAUAAAAACAUGAACCAAACUGGUACUAUUCAGCUUAUAUGUAGUGUAACUAUUUAAAUGAAAUACUGUAUCUUUCCCGGUUGUAUAGUAUUCUUUUCUUACUUUGUAUGUAAUGAAAUACUUAAUGUUGUAUUUAAGUUAAAUAUUUGUAAAUAAGAGAAAAGUUCUGGGUGUGGCCUGAAUCAAGUUUAAAUAUUGGUGGCUCAUAUUGAUUAUGGUGCCUACUAUUUACAGUACAUGUUUUGUUGUCUUGAGUUCUGUCUUCAAAAAAUCCUAAAAAAAAA